GUACAUCUCUCUGUACGAGCGGCCAACGCAGAACGGUCAUAGCCAUCUACCGCUGCGCGUCAGUGAGUACUAUGGCACCGUUUCCAUGGGUAGCCCACCCCAGGAUUUUGACGUGGUAUUCGACACCGGCUCCGGUAACAUCGUGCUGCCAACACUCAAGUGCAUUGACGAGGCAUGUGAAGACCAUCACCGCUUUUCGAGCGGCGCUUCUCGCACGGCUCGCCAGUUGGCUUUGGAAGACGGCACACCCCUGCGUCCUGGCGACGAACGAGACACCACGACAAUAACCUAUGGCACUGGAAAAUUGACCGGUGAGUACAUCCGGGACAUGCUGUGCUUGCGCAAAGGUCGAGGGGCGGCUGUGGCUGAGAGCUCUCUUUGCCUUCAAGUCGACUUCCUGGGGGUGACACAGGAGUCCAGGUUUCCAUUCACGGAGCUGCCUUUUGAUGGCAUCUUCGGCUUGGGAUUGGGAGGACUCUCCGCUGGGCCUUCGUUCAACUUCGUGAACAGCUUGGUGGCUGCGCCGCAGACAGUCCGGAAUCCCACGUUUGCUUUUUUUCUGCGGAAUUUGGAUGCCGAGGAAGACAGCGAGAUCACCUUCGGAGGGUAUCGCAGGGACCGCUUAGAAGGAGAGGUAACGUGGCUGCCGGUCCCAAAACAAGAGGCAGACGAAAAAGGCUACUGGCUUGUGGCAAUGCGCGACAUUUAUGUGGAAGACAAAGCGCUUAAUUUGUGCACUGCUGCUGGGUGCCAGGUAGCCAUGGACACUGGGACAGCUCUGAUGAUGGGUCCCCGACGUGCAGUCGGGCAGCUGCUCACUGCUUUGGGAGACUGCAAACAGCCGGUGCCCAACGAGCUGUUCGGGAGUCGUCUUGGAGAUUCUCGUUGCGAGUGUAACGUGGUUAGUUGUUGCUGA